AUGUUUUCUCGACUGCUGAAACCGUCGGGCCUCGUGCCCAAGACGGGCAACAUUAUCUCAAGCUCCUCGGCUCUGCGAGCUCGAUCUCUCGCAACCGUGUCGAACAAUACGCCCAGACAACAAGAUCUGCCUCUGCACAAGCAGUACAAGCACACCGCUCCUGCCCACGAACGGGCCACGUUCACCAUACGAAACGGUCCCAUCUUCCACGGCACAUCGUUCGGUGCUCGAAGCAAUGUUUCAGGAGAAGCUGUAUUCACCACCUCGCUCGUGGGAUAUCCUGAGUCAUUGACCGACCCUUCCUACCGAGGGCAGAUUUUGGUGUUUACACAGCCUCUGAUCGGCAACUAUGGAGUGCCAUCAAACGUUCGAGACGAGCAUGGCCUCUUGAAAUACUUUGAGAGCCCCAACAUUCAGGCCGUCGGUGUUGUUGUUGCAGACGUGGCAGAGAAAUACUCCCACUGGACGGCCGUGGAAAGCUUGAGUGAAUGGUGUGCCAGGGAAGGUGUUCCGGCUAUCACCGGAGUGGACACCCGCGCUAUCGUGACGUACCUGCGAGAGCAAGGUUCCAGUCUGGCCAGAAUUACCAUCGGCGAGGAAUACGACCAAGAUGAGGACGAGGCUUUCGUUGACCCGGAACAGAUCAACCUUGUCCGAAAAGUCAGCACCAAGGCACCAUUCCACGUCAGUGCUGCAAACCCUACCGCCCACAUCGCCGUGCUUGACUGCGGUGUGAAGGAAAACAUCCUUCGUAGCCUGGUCAGCCGAGGAGCAAGUGUCACUUGCUUCCCAUUCGACUAUCCCAUUCACAAGGUUGCUCACCACUUUGAUGGUAUCUUCAUCUCCAAUGGUCCAGGUGAUCCGACCCAUUGUCAGGACACUGUCUACCAUCUUCGAAAGUUGAUGGAGACUUCGCAACUGCCCAUCUUCGGUAUCUGCUUGGGUCAUCAACUUCUGGCUUUGGCUGCUGGUGCCAGGACCAUUAAGCUCAAGUACGGUAACCGGGCACACAACAUCCCUGCUCUGGAUCUCACAACAGGCAAAUGCCACAUCACCAGCCAGAACCACGGCUAUGCUGUCGAUGCGUCGACACUGCCCAAGGACUGGAAGCCAUAUUUCACAAACUUGAACGACAACUCGAAUGAAGGCUUGAUUCACGAGUCUCGACCUAUCUUCUCGACCCAGUUCCACCCUGAAGCCAAGGGCGGUCCCCUUGAUUCGUCGUAUCUCUUCGACAUGUACUUGGACAAUGUGCAGAAGUACAAGCAGGGUCAAGCGGCCUUCCAGCCCACUCGUGACAGCAAGCCCAGCCCACUUUUGGUUGAUUUGCUCGCCAAGGAACGAGUCGGCGUUGAUCUCACUCAGGGUAUCCGAAACAUGAUGGCAUCGACUAGCCAAGAACCCGAACGAGUUUAUGCCGCAGGUGCUGCAUGA